CAAGUCUUCCAUUAGAUUAAUCUUUAAACAGCAUUUUGCGGGGAUAAAGUUUAAACUUGAAUGUAGAGGAUGGCUUUAGGAAACUUAACAUCCAGUAAUAAGAGGUUCAAACUCAAAAUAGGUGGUAAUGAUGUAACAAUGUUUUUGCUGUUAAGUUGUAGGCAUUAUAUUAUGGAUUAUAUAGAUUCUAGGUGAGAGAAGAUAAAAUAGUAAUUGUUGCGGUGGCAAGUGAAACAUAUGUUUAUUAAGACAAGCAAACUGUGAUUACAUUUUAUGAUUCAUACUCAUUUCAGAUCUUUGUGUUCUUUUCUAUAACACCUACAUUAUGUUAAAAACUGACUUGACUCUAUUCACAAAUCAGCUUAUAAUUGCAUGUCUGAACAUUUCAUUAAACUUAAGAGGAAAUGCACAUUACAUUAAUAAAUGAUGAGGUAUAAUCUGUCAGUGUUUUAGUCCUCGUGCUAGCUUCAGCUUGAAAGUUGUAUUUGUUGCACUUGUGGGUGGUAGGGCUAAUAUAUUGCUCUGUGUGUGUAGGGGUGAAGCCGUAUGCUUGUUCCAUGUGUGACAUGAGGUUUAUUCAGCGUAACCACCUGGAGAGACACUGCCUCACUCAUACGGGAGAGAAGCCAUUUGCUUGUGACAUGUGUGAUAUGAGGUUUAUCCAGCGCUACCACCUUGAGAGACACAAGCGUGUCCAUAGUGGGGAGAAGCCUUACCAGUGUGAGCGGUGCCAGCAGAACUUUUCACGGACAGACAGGCUGUUGCGGCACCGGCGGUUGUGCCAGGGUCGCGGCGUAGCCAAAGUGGAGAACCAGCCGUGCUGCGAACCGCGCCCGUACGGCCAGGAGCCUCCCCCCGCCCCUCAGACCUGGAGCCCCCUGCACCCCCCUCCAGGCCGACUGGCAGUCUGACAUUCCACCCUCCCCACAUCCACAACCACGCCAGAGAGCGGAGGAGCCACAGGGUUUCUUCUUCUGCGCUGAGUGACGCCACACUCCAGCGCCGACCCAUCUGCAGCUCCAGUCUUGGGAUUACUGAUGAUCGAGGGACAUUUGUGUCUUUGUUUUGUUGACUUUUUACUGUGUUUCCUUUCCUCCCCCCGUUUUUUUAAAGACGAGACUUUUCUGUGAUGAACAGUGGUCCUGUUUUGUACUUAAUCUAUUUGAUUUUUGCAAAAAAAAAACGUUUUUAUCGUUGUUCAAAUAUAUCUGCAUUUGGUGGUACUCGGGAAGGGCUGUAGGUAUUGUUUAUCCAGACGUGUUGGCAACAACAAAAUGGGAUGACGUGGUGCUGAGGAAAAGUAUUUGAGCUUCUUUCUGAUUUUCAUGUGGCCCAUUUUGUAAAACACAAGAAUCGUCACUUUGGUCGUUUAAAUAUUAAAACUGAACUUUCCUUCCAGGUAAAGCAAGGAGAGCGCUAUGUUUGCACUAUGUAGCAAACAGAGUGCUAAGCAUCGGUCUGAAUGUGAUCUGAACAAUAGGAUUUUCCUGACUUUAUCAACAUGGGAGGUACAGUUUUAAUAAUAGUUUUGUGUAAAUCGAAAAUGUUUAUUUUAAUUUGAGACUAAAUUAGGGAUGUUUGUGUGUGCACGAAAUGGGCCAAAAAACCAGCUGAUCAUAAGAAAUGAGGUCAAACACUCCUCUGCCUCUGUUUCUGAGAUAUCCUACGGAAACCUGAGUAACUAAGUGUUUUUUAAAACAAAAGUAAUAUCAAACCAGGACUUCCAGGAAGUGGUGAAGAGGUGCAGCCUGCAGGUCUGGGUCCCAGGAUUAUCACCUGUGUGUCUCAUGUUCUGUGUCAUGUGUGACGUGCUGAGGACUCGGGGAAAGGGCCCAUGAUGGCCCCCGUAUAUAUUUUCAGCUGUGUGUGUAUAUAUAUAUAUAUAUAUAUAUACAGUAUAUAAGCAGAGAUCCCCAGUACGUACAGGAAGGCCUCUGCUCGAUCGGUCUAUAGAUUCUUGUUCUGAAUAGCACAGGUUGGCCACUUGAAGUCCCAUUAUGUUGUCUGUACAGAUACUCUCAUGUGAGAUCAGCGAGGGUAUACAAAAUCUUGUGGCCUUAGUGUGUUUUGUUUCUUUUCUUUUGCCUUGUUUCUCAGCUGUUUAUUUUUGUGGAUCAGAUGUAUUAACUAAGAAGAGACAGCCAGUCUUCAUCAU